AUGUGGAGAAAAAGGGUUUUUUUGCUCCUUUGCUCUCUUUCAACUCUAAAAGCAGAACCGGAUUGUGAGAAAAUGGCAAAAACAAACAGACUCACUUCUCUAAUUUUGAACUCAGAAACAAAUAUGGUCGUGAAGGGUCAAAAUGUCUCUAUAACUUGUUCCAGCCAGAACAAACUAUCGCCAAUCACCUAUUCUCUGUUUCGGAAUAAAAAUUGCAUUGGAACUCAAGAUAGCAAAGAUGAAAGCGUGACUUUUAACCUACGCAUCUCAGAAGCCAACGAUUUGGGGUCAUACAAAUGUAAAGCGCAAGCUGGCAACUGUACAAAAUAUAGUCGUGAUUUCAACUUCACAUUGGUCGACCCAGUAACCACUCCAGUGCUGAACAUUACGAGAAAAGCCAGCCAUUACGUAACACUACAAUGCCUCUCGAUCUAUGGCUCCCUGCCCAUCAAUUAUACUUUCUUUGAAAACAACACCACCAUAUCACAAGUUAUCAAGAAUGUAAGGGAGCCUGCUGAAUUUAAUUUAACCAAGAACCCUGGAGGAGGGGAGGAGUUCAAGUGUAAAGCUAACAACAGACUUCCUCACCAUGUGAAAUACAGUCUUCCUGUGACCAUACCCUCAACAGGAGGACGGAGCUGUCCAUUCUGCCUGCAGCUGCUGCUUCCGGUGUUACUGAUACUCUUCAUAACAAUCCUAAUUCUGGCAUUUUGGACACUGUCAAAGUUCAAAGCAAGAAAAGCUCUGAGAGAGAAGGCAUCCAAAGACUAUGGCAACACACCCAUGGAAGUUGGACUACGUGCAAAUAUCUGUGAAAAUCAAGCAGACAAGGAGUCUGCACCAGGCUGGGAACCAAGGCAGUGUGUCUCCUCAGACCAACACGAAACCAACUCCUCUCAGGAGAUACAUUAUGCCACCCUCAUGAUCCAGAAGGCGACACCACAAAAUCACGAAGCCUGUAAUAAUGGUAAAACUGAGUAUGUCUAUUCUGAAAUCAUCUUGUGAAACAAAGAUACAAACUACAUCUCAGGUUCUGGAGGCCAGAAGUCCAAAAUCAAGCAGGACACACUCCCUCCGAAGGCUCCAGGGGAGAACCCCUACUUGCCUCUCCCAGUUUCUGGUGUUUCCUGGUGCUUCUUGGCUUGUGGCAGAAUCACUCCAGUCUCUGUCUUGGUCUUCCCGGGCCUUCACUUCCUCUGCCAUUCUCGUCCUGGUCACAAGAUUUUAGGUACCAGCCAGAUAAUCCAGGAUGACCUCAUCUCAAGAUCCUUCACCUAAUUACAUCCUCGAAGACCCUUUUUUCCAAAUAAGGUGACAUCGCAGGUUCCAGGAGUUAGGAUUUGGACGUAUGUUUUGGGGGAGUCACCAUUCAACCCUCUAAAAAUGGGGGACAAAUGAGGAAUAAUACCUAUGUCAUGGACCUACUGUGAGAGUUAAUUCAGGUGACAAAUAUAAAGGGCUUGGAAUAGGGCCAGGAAUAUAAUAAGAACUCAAAGCUAGCUAUUUGUAGUGUGAUGAUGCUUACUCUGAGUCAUGCUGUUUGGCUGCUCCCCUGAGAAAACUUUAAGUCUUUGAAGUCAUAAACUUGGUUAUCUGGGCCACCAUUGGCUUCUUCAUCUUAACCUGAGCUCCUUCCUGAAGCAGAGCUGAGACAAGGAUUGGGUGCAGGUCAUUUAUAUGGGAGGUGAUCCCAGGAAGCAGGAGGACCCAGGGCGAGUGAAACAGAAAUCGGAAGCCAACACAAGGGGUGGGGAGGGGCUAGCAAAUGAGUGACCCUACUGGUAACUGCAUUUGCUCCUGUAAAGGCCUUCCAAGGGCCUGAGGUCCAAUCAGAACGCUGCUGAGUUUCACAGCAUGCCCUCCAUCAACAGCCCCUCACUGUCUCCUUGCAAAGCCUCUAAAGCAGUUAGUAAAAGCCAACCAACUCCAUAAUCCAUAUGAUUACCAUAGUCUGCUAUCUUCCAAGUGCUAGAAUUGCAUAACCUAGUGCUUGCUACCUAGCUCUGUGGUAUGAAGUCUUGGUAAUUGUGAGGCUAUGGUGUGCAAGGGUUUUCACUAACCCCCUUGCCACCAGCAACAGAAUCCUUGUCAUCCACCCAGAAAGUAAUUUCCCUUUCCCAGGGCUGCUUUUUAGGACCUGCUAAUACCCUGUCUUAUCCUGGGCUAGCCCUGAAAACAGAGCCUGAGAUAAAGCCCUCCAUGCAAAUAAUUUAGUUGGGAGGUGACUGGGGGAACCAAGGAUGUACUGCUGAGUUGAGCAGUGCUGUGGGUAACCGGGGCUUGAUCCCACUGAAACCUGCUGAGGAGGGAAAACACCACCUCCCAGAAUUGUCCACUUGAGGACAACAGUGAGGAACAUUUAUCCAUUGGCUGAAGGCCGCCCCACACCCACACCCACUUCUGAGCUGUGCAUGUGUUCAUUUCAAACAAGCUUCCAUUAGUGCCUCGUCCAGGGCACUGAAAAGUCCCAGGGCAGAAAUGAAUGACAUGUGUUGUAAUGUACCCUUGCAGCACAAACUGUCCACGUGAAGUGAGUGAAGCUGCAGAUGCAGCGAGCCAGGAUGUGACACAGGACACACAGGUGGCUGGUACGCCCUUUCUCAACAUUCCCUUUAUAACCAUUAUAGUAAUGACAAUAACUAUUGUGUGUUGAGCACAUACCAGGUACUUUUCAGCGCUUUGUGUAAUUAUCCUUGUAUAGUGCUUGCAACCAGCUCUUUACCCAGCUCCGCCUCACCCCUGCACAGACAGCCAGUGUCUACCCUCCGUGCCCCCCGCCCCAGCUUUUGCAUUGAAUUGUUUAGGAAGGGAAGAAGAAAAGGAAUAUCCACUUUUUUCAUGUCCAGAAGUUUUACUUCGGUUGUUUUUCAAAUCCACCUACUUCUUUAAACAUUUUUUUGCUGUGAAAUAGCACACACAAUAUAUGGAAAUGCAUGAAAAUACACAUAUGGUUUAAUAAAUCGUCAUCAGGUGAACAUUAGUGAUAGAAUGCCAUCAGCAACCCAGAAACUGUCUGCAGGCCCCUUCCCACCCGCAACCCAUUUCCCCAACGACCCUUUCAUGGGACAUCUGGGUGGCUGUUAGUUUGGGGCUACUGCAAAUAAUGCAAAGAAUAUGCCUAUUCUUAUGCCAGGGACCUGAUUCCCAUGUGCAUGCAAUUAUGUUGAAUACGCAUGGGUCAUGGGGUACGUUUAUCUCCAACCUAACUAGACAAUGCCGCCCUGUUUUCCAAAGUGGUCCUAUGUUGCCUCUUUAAGCAUCCUAUCAUCUGCGAUGACGAGUACAAGCCUGUGAAGGCUGAGGUCCCUAAGACAAGGUACCUGAAUAAAAGGACCCGUGAGUAGCACUGAGAUUUUCUUCAGCAAAGUCACUUCUAAAAAAUGAACUUUGUAGUUUCUCACAGUUAUAGAACUAGAGACUGAACAUCAAACUGCAAAAAUGAAACUUAAGAUUUUAAGUAGACAUACAGUGGUAACUGGCUUUCACUUGAGGCUGCUGUGAUUACAAUGAGGUAAAGCAAAUGAGCUCAUGUGGCACCGUGCCCUCACCCCGUCAUCCUCGGGGUCCUUGAUAAUGGGGGUUACCGCCCUGGGAGGAGACACAGACGCGUGAUAGAGGAGGUAAGUUAAAACCCUACAGUCCUAAAGGGGUGUAAGAGGAUUUUUUUCAGUGAUGGAAAUGUUCUAUAUUGUCAUUGUGGUGGUGGUUACACAUUUGUCAAAACCUGCAUUUGUACCUUUAAAGUAAGUCAAUUUUGUUUGUAAAUUAUAUGG